AUGGUCCGGCGCAGGGAUCCUGAUCAGAAAGAUUGGCAAGAGGAGGGAGGUUGCUGCGGGUCCCUAGGUGGGUUCGGGUGCCGCAGAUUUCCAGCUUGCCGGUGGCGUGAUCUCAGGUAGAGAGGCUCACUACGGGGUCAGGAUGAGACCAGAAGAGGCGAACCGGGGAAAGGUGUCAAAUCAUUAUAUUUACUCUGAACUAAGGGAAAAGAGUCUGUGUCAGGCUAAGAGCUGCUCUGCGGAGGCCAGAGAGGCAAUCCAGGUUCUUAAUGGAGGAGGGGAGGUGGGGAAGAUGACUUUUUAAAUUGUCCCUGAGACAGGUAAUAUUGGGGAGGGAGGGAGGAGAUAUUGUGAUCGCAGACAGUACACCCUAGUCUCCCAGUCCAUUUCCUAAUACUCAGAUUCUGGUUUCAAACUCCCUCUCUUUGCUCUUCAGUUGCAGGUCCCGAUGUUUGGGUACUCCGGGAGCUGCUCUCCAGCCCCUGCUUCUGAACCCAUGGAUUCUCCAUCUAGCGUUUCUUCCUACUCUCUUUAUUCCUCUUUUUCCACCUCCCCAGUGAACAGUGACUCUGGCUUCCCCUCCGAUAGUGAGAGGGACGACAAGUGGGCCCAUGGCCCCAGGCCAGACACUGUUGGUCAGAGGGGAGGUUCUCGGCCCAGCCCUGGUCCUAUCCGCUGCAGGCAACGACCCAAGGUUUCCAGUAAGCAACCUACAGCAUCUCACUCGGAACAGCGGGGCUUGGCUUCUUCUAUGUCAGGAUCUGGGGUCAAAAGAUCAAGAGGUGGUGAAUUGGAGACCAGUCUAAACAUCCAGGGUUGUACCACAGAAGGAGACCUGCUCUUUGCUCAGAAGUGUAAAGAGCUCCGAGGAUUCAUACCCCCUCUCACAGACCUACUGAAUGGACUGAAGAUGGGUCGAUUUGAGAGAGGAUUGAGCAGUUUCCAGCAGAGCGUGGCAAUGGACAGGAUCCAGCGUAUAGUAGGUGUUUUGCAGAAGCCACAGAUGGGAGAGCGUUAUCUUGGAACCCUGCUACAGGUAGAAGGAAUGUUAAAGACUUGGUUUCCUCAUAUAGCUGCCCAGAAGUCAUCAUUGCAUAGUCAGCUGACCAAGCAUUCUCCAGGCCACCACAGUUAUCCAGCUGCUUCCUCUCCUGCACUUUCUGUGGAAAAGAUGGACCAGACACAGCUAGGACAGCUAAUAUUGAAACCAAAGCAGCCUUGGCACCUCACUGAAUGGCCAGCUAUGAACCUCACUUGGAUCCACACUACUCCAAUUUGCAAUCCCCCUCUCAGUUCCCCAGGUACCAUCUCCUUUAGCCAUGGUCCUUUAGGCACUGGAACCAGCAUCGGUGUCAUCCUUUUCCUCCAGCAUGGAGUACAGCCCUUCACCCACUCAGCCCCAACCUCUCCAGUUCCAUCUACUACUACAGCAUCUCCUGUCAUCCCUGGUGAUCCUAAGAAACUAUCUGGAGAGGGGCCUUGUUGCCACAAUUUGCCAGUAACUCUGCCAUCAGACUGGAGCUGUACCCCAUCCCCUCCUGGUCUACCCACCAUGACCAGAGAGAUGACCAUGGGAGACCUACAACAGAUGAGAAGCCACCCUUCUGUUGCUCCUGAUGUCCAUCCUCUCAAUCCCUAAUGCAGGACUUGAGACUGUAGUUUCUAAUUUGUGUAAAUAUAUGUCUCUCUAUAUACUUUUUAAACUGUUAAUGUGUGAAUUUGUGUUGAGGGAAGAGAAAUCCUUUCUGAUUAAAUAAAUUUUAUACCUAAA